GAAGAAGAGAAGACUGUCUGUAGUUAGGAUGAUUCUGAUUCUUAAAUACACUGGAGCGACAAUCAUUUUACUGUCUGUCCUAAUUGAAAUUGGACAACUUUUUCCAAACAAUGACUUUGGCUGUGAAGAGUGCAAACUCAAGGAGAACAAUAUUUUCUCAAAACCCGGAGCUCCUGUGUAUCAGUGCAUGGGAUGCUGCUUUUCCAGAGCUUACCCGACUCCUUUGCGGUCCAAGAAAACUAUGCUGGUCCCAAAGAAUAUCACAUCUGAAGCCACGUGUUGUGUUGCCAAAGAGGUUAAAAGGGUUAUUGUUAAUGAUGUAAAGCUAAUGAAUCACACAGACUGCCAUUGCAGCACUUGUUACUAUCAUAAAUUUUAGAUAUCAUGACUUCAAAACAAACAUGUUUGAUUAGUGUGUUAAAGAAAUCCCUUGAACUCAAGUUACACAGCAAGAAAAAAAAUUACACCUUUGCUCAUAUGUAUGCUAAAUUUUCUGUGCUUAACGUUUGUUACUAAACUGUAAUGCUCAUCUUGUUUUUUAGAUAACUAAAACAAACUAAGUGUAAUUUGUCAAAUGUGCCUUUAAAAUAAAGCAUAUGCUGCAACUAUGUAUCAAUCAAUCAAUCAAUAAAUCAAUCAAUCUA